CCUCGUCCUGGACUGGGGCUUUGCUAUGACUCUGCAUUAUUUCAGUUUGCUUGAGGAAGGGGUGUGCGUGCGUGUGCGCGCCGCCGCCUGCGCGCGCUCCGGGCAUGCAGUGCGAAGGCCGUGUACAGGAGAGAUGGGCAGAAGGCGGCUUUUCUAGGUUGGGUUUUGCUCUUAACGCUGAAUUGGUGGCCUGUGGAGCGAGUAAUGCAAUUCCUCUUCAAGAUGAAUCAGUGGAGGAGUUUACUUAUCGAAGUGUGGACUGCAAGGGAAGUAAAGGCAUUGAAAGAGAAGAUUGAAUUAGAAAAGGGGAAAGAUGCUUUUCCAGUAGCUGGCCAAAAAUUAAUAUAUGCAGGUAAAAUCCUUAAUGAUGAUACAGCUCUUAAAGAAUACAAAAUUGAUGAAAAGAACUUUGUAGUGGUUAUGGUAACAAAACCCAAAGCAGCAACUGCCCCAGCUGCAUCUCCUACUACAACUCAGCAGUCAAAUGAUACCACCACUACUGUUAGUUCUUCUACAAUAGCUGCUGCAGCCCCCAAACCUGCACCUGUCCCAGCUCCUACUUCUGCACCAGUGUCAGCACCUGCACCAGCUACUUCAACACCAGCUGCAGUGGCUUCUGAGCCUCCAUCUGUAAGUGCCCCUGUAGAAGAGAAAUCAGCAGACAAGCCAGUAGAGACACUACCUGACACCAGCCCAACAUCCACAGACAGUACAACAGGUGAUACUUCACGAUCAAAUCUCUUUGAGGAUGCUACAAGUGCACUUGUAACAGGUCAGUCCUAUGAAAAUAUGGUGACUGAGAUCAUGUCAAUGGGAUAUGAGCGAGAGCAAGUAAUUGCUGCACUAAGAGCCAGCUUCAACAAUCCUGACAGAGCAGUGGAAUACCUUCUAAUGGGUAUACCUGGAGAUAGGGAAAAUCAAGGUAUGGCUGAUCCCCCUCAAGCAGCCAGCACUGGUGCUUCCCCAUCUUCAGCAGUAGCAGCAGCAGCAGCAACAACUACGACUACGACCACAACUACUACUAGCUCUACAGGAGGACAUCCUCUUGAAUUUUUACGAAACCAGCCUCAGUUCCAGCAGAUGAGACAAAUUAUUCAACAGAAUCCAUCUCUUCUUCCUGCGUUGCUACAGCAAAUAGGGCGGGAAAACCCUCAGUUACUGCAGUCCUCCCAUGCACCACAGCAAAUAAGCCAACAUCAAGAACAUUUUAUUCAGAUGUUGAAUGAGCCUGUUCAGGAAUCCGGUCAAGGGGGUGGUGGCGGCGGUGGCGGUGGAGUAGCUGAAGCUGGAAGCCGUCACAUGAACUAUAUUCAAGUAACACCUCAGGAAAAAGAAGCUAUAGAAAGGUUAAAGGCACUAGGAUUUCCUGAAGGACUUGUCAUACAAGCGUAUUUUGCAUGUGAGAAGAAUGAAAAUUUGGCAGCCAACUUCCUUCUACAACAGAACUUUGAUGAAGAUUGAAAGGGAGAGACUUUAAAAAAAAUCUCACACAUCACACCAGUGCAUUACACUAGCUAUUCACUGGAUUGUCUGGGAUACUUGGGCUCAUAUCCAUGAUACGGUGUAAGGUUUUGGGGGGAGGGAGGGGAGGGAGAGAAAAAUAUAGAAAGGAUACAAGGAAAGACAAGCACAUCUGUUCUAAAUUGGCAGAUGCAGCAGAUCAAAGUGUAACAUACUAUACAACCAAAAAUCAGCUUUUUUGCAGAUAUUUAGUUCCUUCUAUAAACUGUAAGUUCAUGCCCCCCUACCCCAGGUUUUCACUCUUUUAGUGUACUAGAUCCCAAAAUUAGUGUGGUGCCCUGCUUUUGUUUCUUUUUAAUUAACAUUGAUCUUGGAGAUAGCAAUGGCUACCUAGAAUGGACAGUCUGUAUUUCAUGAUAACACUGGAUAAUGGCUUCAUACGUAUAAGAGAAAAUAUAUUUGAGUAACUAUAAAACAUGCCAAAAAUGUAGGUGGUGGGUUUUUUUUUUGCUGCUUAGAGAUCUUUUCCUGUCCCUACCCCUUUCUUCCUUUCAUACUGAAUGGAGAGGCUACAGACACACAGGCAAAAUUACUUUCCUUUUCGGCAAAUAAUACAAGAUAACCUAAAUACUGCUUACUUCAGUGUUGGAAUACAGUGAAGCGUUCUUAAAGACAACCACCACCACUGCAUGUUUUAAUUUUGACGUAUCCCUUUUUGUGAACCGAGCACUUUUUAUUGCCAAUGAAGAAAAUGUAAACUCUCCAUCCUAGUGAAAGUAUUUAUGAAGACAUCAGAUUCCAUCCCACCUAUAUUUUGUUAAAGAGAGACAGAUCUGAUAAAUACAGCUGCAAGUAUUUCAAAACUAGGUGUCUUAAAUGCUUGUAAUCUUAUAGUUUCAGCCUCUGGGACUCUAAAAGCUAUUGUCAUUUGUAUUGCUUUAAAAAGGACUGUAAUGUUCCAGUAACUUGCCUUCUCCUCUGUUUAAAAGCAUUGUGAAAAUAUUUUGCUCUUGAAGAGAUGUUCAGAAAAUGGGAAAAUAGAUGAACAAUCAAGUUAUUGGAUUCCUAAAGAUUAUGCACAUCCCCCCUUCCUAUUAAAAGUAACAUCUAAUUGUAA